AUGCUGCUCCUUGUUACGGUUUUAACAAGCUGGGGUGUGGUCGCUGCCGCGUCGGCAUGCCCCGCUGUGGAUGAGGCGUACGGAUCCGUGGCUAGCCUGCUGCGGCCCGGGCACCACUUUCUGGGCGAGGAGUGGCUGGACGCCCUCUUUAAUACACUAGAGAACCGUGUGCAAUGCGGAGAAGUGUCGUGUGAAAAGUGUAACCUAUCAAACGCUGUUCGCCAGAUAAUCCACGAGUCACAGGAAGGCAGGAAGAACAACACCGUAGACGCAUCGCAAUUUGCCACUUUAGCUGCCGGCUGCGUCCUCUAUCUUUCUUCUCCCAGCUCGGCGUGCAUUGCAGCCAGGCGGGGCAGUUGGGCACUUGAGAUCGAACGCUUCCUGCAUGAAAUUUCAAGCAAGGAGCAUCAAAAUGUGGAGAAAGAGCUUUGCACCGGGCCUGGACAUCAACACAUGGACCUUCAUGGAUUGGAAAGUGUGCUUGGAGGGUUUCUGCGACACUAUGAGCCAUCAGACAACGAGAGCUGCGUCUCAGCGAGCAUCAUCAUGAUGGAGGUCGGCGCCUCAUCACCAGAGCCGACCCAGGCGGUAGGUGCAGUUUUGGGUCGGGUCCUGUACCACGCCCUGCGAGGUGGAUGUUUCGUGAGCCACUCCCUCCCUGAGGAGCGCUUCUUCCUGGACUACAUCAUGAACCGACUGGGCUCUGAGAAUUUCACCAUCACUGACCUGGAGGCUGUCAUGAGGUCUCUAGAUGUUGGGGGAGCAAUGAGAAAGAAAAGCAGCCACCAACACUCAAACACCACCUGGGAUCAGUGCUGUUUCUCUGCACACGACCUGGUGCUGAUCCACGGCCUGGGAGGGGGCGACCCCACCCUGGACCGAUCUGACUUGGCCCGGCUCAGCCCUGCACUGGUCCAGCAGAUCCUGAGCGGGGCCUGCCAUGCCACACAGCCUCCCAAACAAGAACAGCUCAGCAUAACAGAAAGAUAUCUUUACGCAACACUGGCCAACAUUGUCAUCACGCUCACGUCGAUGUUUGGCAUCGUGUUGCUGCUGUGCUCAUCGUUCACGAGCCUCUUCCAGCUGUGCAUCCAGUUCUGCAUCAGCCUGGCCGUGGGUUCCCUCACGGGGGACGCCUUGCUGCACCUGCUGCCUAUGUUUCUAGGCCUCCACGUGCACUCUGGUGACACAGGCAGCGUGGCGCACCCACACCCACACCAACGCCAUGGGCACGAUGACGGUAAUUCCGAGGUGCCAGACUACGUGUGCAAAAUGUUGGUGUUGAUGGGCGGGAUCUACUACUUCUACCUGAUGGAGGCUGUCUUCUCUCUCUUCACGUACAGACAUCGCCAUCACGGGGACGCUUCAGAGCCUCACCACUGCGACCACGGCAGAGUUUUAGAAAUGUAUCAGCAGGACAAGAAACAAAAGUACAUAUCGCACUCAACAUCAACGGCAGAUUUGGUGAAGGAGGAAGAGGAGCAUGACAGCUCUGUUGUCAAAGAUAGGACCAGAGCAGAACAACGGCUGCUGCCUUACAUGAUCACUUUCGGCGACGCCAUCCACAACUUUGCCGACGGUUUAGCCAUGGGCGCCGCUUUCUCCCUGUCGUGGAAGUCCGGUCUGGCCACGUCGCUGGCCGUCCUUUGCCACGAGCUGCCUCACGAGCUGGGAGAUUUUGCCAUCUUGCUGCACAGCGGCAUGUCGGUGCGGCGGGCGCUGCUUUUGAACGUGGGCAGUGCCGCGUCCUCCUUUGUCGGCCUCUACAUCGCCCUGACUGUGGCCACCGACCUCGCCACCAAGCAGUGGAUAGCUGCCAUCACUGCAGGUCUCUUUCUCUACGUGGGACUGGCUGACAUGUUGCCCACCAUGGUGCACAUCAACUCCAGGAGGCCAUGGCUGAUGUUUGCCCUGCAAAACGUCGGCAUCCUGAGCGGCUGGGCCAUCCUCUUGGUCCUGUCGCUUUACGAGGAGAGGAUCAGCUUUUAGCAUCGGAAAUGUUGGGGGGAAACUGCGUGUGCACGAGCCUUUCGAAAAAGUUUGGACACCCCUGACCUGAACAGAAUGGAGCCCCCGGUGAUGGACACCUAACACUUUUGCACAGUGCUGUCUGUGUGUUUUGUGCGAGUGUACUGAUGACGUGAUGUGAGAAAGGCACAAAUAA